UCCCCCUACCUGCCUCCCUCCUCCGUCCUCCCCUGUACUCCUCCCUCCACGUCUGCUGGCACUAAAACAGGCAGCGGGACCUGCAAAACUUUAGUUUCAUCCAGAUCAACUCUACUCCCAGCAUCAUGAAAUUCUUGGCUCUCACUCUCACCAUCCUGCUGGCCACAGGUAUCCAGGCCCGUACUCUGCAGGCUGAUGAGGCUGCGCCUUCUCAGCUGGAACAUGUGAAGGUGGUGAAGGCUGGCAUGACUCUUGCAAAGGAGUCCAUGAAGAUGGUCCUCAAACCUCUGGACAACACAAAGUACAAGGAGUACAACGACAAGCUAUCCCAGAUUCUGGACAACUUGCAGGAGUACUACCUGACCACCUAUGAGUCCUACUUUAAAGCAUUCUUGGGUGACCAGCUGCUGGAUGCCACCACCACUCUCAGCAGACAGAUCACGACCAAGGUUGAGGAGCUGCGCAAGCAGCUGGAGCCCAAGCAAGCUGAGUUGACGGCCGUCCUGGAGAAGAACAUGGAAGACUACCGCCAGAAGAUGGAGCCCCUGGUCCAGGAGUACGUCCUCAAACAGAGAGAGGAGAUGGACGCCCUGAGGGCCAAGACGGAGCCCAUCCUGGUUUCCCUGAGGGAAAAGACGGAGCCCAUCCUGAACGAGAUGAGGGCCAAGGUGAGCUCCAUGGUGGAGGACACCAAGGCCGUGCUGGUGCCCAUGGUGGAGUCUGUCCGUGCCAAGCUGGACGAGCGCAUCGAUGAACUGAGGACGAAGGCUGCCCCUGAAACUGAAGAGUACAAGAAGAACCUUUCCAGGUUGGUGGAAGAGUUAAAAAGGCAGAUUGAUCGCUACAGCGAGGACUUCAAGGGACGGAUGAAGAUUACAAGCCAUGAUUUGUUUCACCCUGUUGAUACACCGAUUAAGCUCAUGGCUCUGUAUGAGUCAAUUAAAUCCCUUACUACCAAGUGAAUUCUCAAUGAAAUACUUAAUGGAAUACAAGAAAAGCAACAACAGAUAUGUGAUAUCAGUUUAGUCAGGCGAAUUGCACAAAAUAUUCAAUUAUACAUGGACAUCCCAACAAGUGUUGAGAAAGAUUGUGUUAUGGCAGUUAUUACCCACUCUAAUUAGUCUUAGGUAACACUGUAAAAUAGGUAUUGUUACAUAUGAAGUUCUUUAAACUAUAAUAAUGUUGAUGAGGAAGAUGUUGAUUCAACCCCAGUGCUAAUAAAACAAAAGAAGAA